AUUAAUCUAUUCCAAUGACUGGAUAGGAUUAUUUUCAUUGAUAAAGUGUAUAUUGUAAUUUGGGCCCCAGACAUAUCGACGGAAUUAAGGGACGGACACAACAUUUGUGAAGAAGUUGGCAAUCAAAGAAGAUGUCGAAGGGAGAAAAUAGUGAAGGGAGUGUGUCCAACGAAGAUUUGAACGAAUCAGAGAUGUCAGACAAUGGGAGUGAAAGUGGGGACGUGGGACCCCGUCGCUCUUCCGACAAGCUGGACAGCUCGGACCGCGAACUUUACGAAAAACUCAAGCUCCAGGAACGCGAGGAAAGAGAGGAAAUAGAAAAAGAACUGAAACGGGCUCACGAGGAGGCGAUAAUACGCCGUCACGAGGAGCUCCGCGCAAAGGAACUGCGGUUACAUGCCGAGAGGCUCUCACAGCUGGAGUCAGAGAGGGGCCAGGACUUACGUGUAAACAAACACCACGAGGAUUUCCGCGCCCUCCGGGACGGGCACCCCCUCACUAAAUCUGACUCCUCCUCAAGACUCGAUUUGUUGAAUCAUAGUGCUUUCUUAGACAGAAAUUACCAUAGGGCAGAAUCUCUGUCCCCCCAUAGUGCUACUUCCACUUCUCCUACUGGCGAUGGCCCCGCCCACCAUUGGACCUUUGAGGAGCAGUUUAAACAGGCUUUUUCACAACUGUACGAGCUCAGCGAUGAUCCCAAAAGAAAAGAGUUCCUCGACGAUUUGUUCCAGUUUAUGCAGAAAAGGGGAACACCAGUGAACAGAAUUCCUAUAAUGGCUAAACAGACACUGGAUUUGUAUGAACUCUUCCGAUUGGUUGUAUCCAAGGGCGGUCUUGUGGAGGUCAUUAACAAAAAAUUAUGGCGGGAGAUUACGAAAGGUCUCAACCUUCCAUCAUCCAUCACCAGCGCCGCAUUUACCCUUAGAACACAAUAUAUGAAGUACUUGUACCCAUAUGAGUGUGAAAAAUUAAAAUUAAGUACUCCGCAAGAACUGCAGGCAGCAAUUGAUGGGAACAGGCGGGAAGGUAGGAGGUCCAGUUAUGGUUAUGAUCUCUCACCGGGACCUACGCUUAUUCCCUCGUCACACCACCCUCACCUCAACGGCGGUAUCUUUAACGGGAAACUUGGCAAUCCGGCUGGAGGGGUGUUCCGAAAUGAACAAAUGAUUCCCUCCUCCUUACUCAAGUACUCGUCUAUGACGGAAAAUGGAUGGAAUCAAAAAGAUUUAUUAGAUCGUAGAUCUCCUUUGACCAGCUUACAGAAAUUAUGGCAAUUGCAGCAUCACCAACUACUUACUGGAGGGAACGGUACAGCUGAUGAAGACAGUUUACCUCCAACCCCUACUCACCCUAGAAGCAUCACAGACCAUUUAACAGAGCGUGACGCUAUUGCCAUGGAGGCAGCCUCCCGAGCCAUGGAACACGCCACACGUAAAAUGGAGGAAGCGUCACGCGCCGCUGCACAGCUUUCCGAGGAACCCCCCAGGAAACGACCCCACAUCUCACCCGAGGAGGAAAGAGUCCCCUCACACGCCAUGCCCAAUACACAUAUUAAAAUUACUAGUCGAAACGAUGGUCGCUCAGACAUUGACAACUCACUCGUGGUCAGCAUGGAAAUCAAUGGCAUUAUGUAUCAAGGUGUACUUUUUGCCCACAACCCACGUCGAAUGUGAAGAUUAUUCUCAUUUUAGACUGUAUUUGGGACAGCUUCAAAUAUUUGGCCAUCCGGAACAUGCCAGGCACCCCUUUUAGUGGUACAGUUGAUCUGGAAGACUGUUGCAAAACGUUUGGUCUUGUUCAACUGGACGAUUGCAAAAAUGGUAGCAGUGCCAUUGUCAACAAACACUGAUGAUACCUGAAAUUAUAAAUAUUGGUGUUUCAGCAUCGUGAUGGUUGUAACAGCUAUCCCAAUUUGACAUUUUUGUAUAGAUAUUUAAUUUAUUGUUAUCAUUUAACAAGCAUAAUACUGAUUUUCAUUGAAUCUGUCAUCAACAAACUUUAUCGACAAGAAAUCAUGUGUGCCAUCUGCAAUUUAAGGCAAUGGUAUACCCAAUUUGCAUACAUUAUGAGGAUUUUGAUUUCCUCGGAAUCUUCACAAAUAUUUUCAACCACCCAUCUUGCCUAUGACUCUUGAGUCAAUUAAGAAAAUUUUCAAUAUUUUUUUAGGGGUUAAAGCGUAUAACGUUUUUACAAAUUCCGUGCCAUAAUUCUUACAAUGAUGAAGAUAUAUUGCAUGAAAAUCAGACAGUUUGAACUUUAUGGUUACAUCAUUUUUGUAAAUUCUAACAGAGAAAAUGGCUGUUGUAUUAGUUCGAGAAACUCUGUUAUAAUUGCAAUUAUAGUUCCCACUUAGAGAUAUAUGCGUCUAUUGAAGUGCAAUGUUGUGUUAUGUUCUUGUGUAUCUAAUAUUUUUUUUCAGUGCAAUUAGGUUUUGUUGAAACCAUAGAAACAGAAAUGAUUGUAGAGAAAAUGUAGACAAUUUUUGGUACUCAAAAUGUGUCCAAUUGCUCUACAAAUCAGGGACUCAAAAGAAAAUGAACUUUCUCAAUUGGGUACCACGUAUUCAACUGAACAUAUUUUUUGUUAAUAUUUAAUCAUGUACGAUGUAUGGUCUAUUUGUUAUGAUUAUAUUUACUGAAACAAUGACUCAAUA